UCUUCUGAAAAGUCGGAAUGUGGUUGGUGCCCGUUCAAGUCAGUCAAAUUUGAACUUCCGGGUGUUGAAUCGUUGCAAAAUAGACUGUCCAAGCAGACAGUGUGGAUGAGGACAGUCACAGAGAAAACCCUGGAUAACGCAGCUUUAGGAAAAUGAUGCUAUCAGAAGUCCUGCAGGUGCUGCGUGGAGCAGGUAAGGUGGGUUCUGCCCUCGUCACCACCCAGGGAGAACAGCUCCGAUUAAUGGUCUGCAACUCCUCCAUGGGAGCAGGGGUCAAAGUUGCUCAGGAUGUGGUGGACGGACUGGUGGGCACCUUUAUGGGCAGCAGCAAUCCGUCAGUAAAGGAGGAUGUGUUUCCGGAUGCGGAGGGUUGGGAGAAUAUGGACCCUGAUGAAGCAGCCAAAUGGGCUGUGGGGUCAGAGUUCCCCCCUGAUGCUCCGGAUCAAAGCCAAACAGAAGCUGGAUCUGCAGCAGAGAUGCCAACAGGAGUUCCUCCUCCUCCAGGGGUAGCUCCUGCAGGGUCGGGCUGGCCGGGACAGAGCGCUCGCUUCCUCCACACGACCCCCAGCCUCCACCGGUACUACUACCAGACCAGGUCUGUCCACGACACGGUGGUGGCCAGACUCACACCAGAGGACAUCAAGAAAGCCAGGGAGGCCAAGCAGGCCUUGGUCAAACCUGUCAGACAGAAGCUGAGUGACCGUGCCAGAGAGAGGAAGGUGCCCGCCACAAGAAUCAGCAGACUAGUUAAUUUUGGGGGACUCGCAGUAGGACUCGGGAUUGGUGCCAUUGCAGAAGCUGCAAAACAGUCAUUUGGAGGCAAACAAAAAGGAGACAGGAGUGCCCUGUUAGACACUCCUCUCCUGUCAGAGGCCAAUGCUGAGAGAAUAGUCAACACAUUGUGCAAGGUCCGUGGGGCUGCACUCAAGAUAGGACAGAUGCUCAGCAUUCAAGAUAACUCCUUCAUUAACCCCCAGCUGCAGAAGAUCUUUGAAAGGGUCCGGCAGAGCGCAGACUUCAUGCCUACUUGGCAGAUGCAUAAAGCUCUCGAGGAAGAACUGGGGCCAGGCUGGCGAGAGAAGCUAUCAUCCUUCGAAGACAAACCGUUUGCUGCAGCUUCCAUUGGCCAGGUGCAUCAUGGGGUGUUAAAAGAUGGUAGAGAAAUUGCCAUGAAGAUCCAGUACCCCGGAGUGGCAGAGAGCAUCCACAGUGACAUAAACAACCUGAUGUCAGUUCUGAAAAUGAGCGUGGUCCUGCCAGAAGGUCUGUUUGCUGACAGCAGCUUAGAGGUUCUUCAGAGGGAGCUGGCAUGGGAGUGUGACUACAAGAGGGAGGCAGAGUGUGCCAAGAAGUUCAGGUCCCUGCUGGAGGGAAAUGAGUUUUUCCAAGUCCCUGAGGUUAUUGAUGAGCUGUCAGGCCACAAGGUGCUGGCCAUGGAGCUGGUACAGGGAGUCCCACUGGACCGCUGUGUAGACCUGGAUCAGGAGACCAGGAACCAGAUCUGUUUCAACAUCCUCCAGUUGUGUCUCAGGGAGCUGUUUGAGUUCAGGUUCAUGCAGACAGAUCCAAACUGGGCCAACUUCUUCUAUAACUCAGACACCAACAAGGUUGUUCUGUUGGACUUUGGAGCGUGCAGAAGCUACCCAGAAUCAUUCACAGAUGACUACAUACAAGUGGUGCAUGCAGCUUCCGUGGGUGAUCGAGCCACUGUUCUUUCCAAAUCGAAGGACCUGAAAUUCCUGACAGGCUUCGAGGCCAAGGCCUUCGAGGAUGCCCACGUGGAGGCGGUGAUGAUCCUCGGCGAAGCCUUUGCAUUUGCGGAGCCCUUUGACUUUGGCACCCAGAGCACCACCCAGCGCAUCCAGAGCCUCAUCCCUGUCAUGCUACGCCACCGCCUCACGCCUCCGCCCGAGGAAACGUACUCCCUCCACCGCAAGAUGGCCGGCUCCUUCCUCAUCUGCUCCAAACUGAAUGCACGCAUAUCGUGCAGGGACAUGUUCCUGGAUGUGUACAACACCUACAGCCAGAGAAGGCAGGUGGAGCAGGCAGCACAGGCCAGUGCUUAGACGCUCAGGGACAAGGUUACUGCCUAAAUAUGCCUAGGACCUUUUCAGAGUAGGCUGCUAAGUAAAGGGACAGAAAAGAUGGAGUCUUGAAUCUACAAGUGGAGACACUGGAUCAGACUAACCUAAGACUUUAUACCAUGCCAAUAUGUAACUGACUAUGGCAACACGCUCUAAUGAGGACCAUGAAUGUGCUUGAGUUUCUAUGCCUUUCUCCUUUCAGUGCUACAGUUCACUGACAUCAGUGAGAGGAUAUAAUGAUGUGGGCGAUCCCACCCCAACAUGUCACUCAGUGACUCAUCAAGGCUUGACUAAGCUCUCACGCUCAUAUACAGACAAACAUAAAUACUUAAUAACUAUGACAUGGAAUUUGAUUAUUGUGUCAUAACAAAAAUAUGCUUAAGCCCAAAUGGUUAUAUUACUUAUUAAAUCUGUAUGAUAACUGAAGAGAGGAUUAUUUAAUUCAUUUUAAGUGUUUAGGGUGUGUGUUUGAUCAAAUUGGCAAAAAGGUUACAUCUCUCUGUCACAGAAAACACACUACACAGUGAUGCUGUACAUUUAAGCCAGCUUUGUUUGCAGUUUCUCAAAAGGCAAGUUGUACUGUAUAUUUCCAUUGUGCUUGCCUGGCUAAAAUUAAUUAAUUCUGACUCCUACUCACUCUGACAGCAAGGUCCACCAUAUUUCCAAGAGAAUGGGUAUCUUCUGUCCUAAAGGACACAUAAUAAACCCUGCAUUGCUUAGCUGAUGCUGCCAAGUGCUCUCUUUUGUAAGAAGGACUUUGUGUGCUGCAUGAUGAGUUGGCAAAUAAAGCUUUCUCCUAAAUGUAGUGAUUGGCACACCUAGAUGAGCAGAUUAUCAGAGGACUUAGUGAAGACCGUCUAAUGUAAUCCCAGUGAGUAAUGGCCUUGCAUUAUAAAGUAUAUUUGACAUAAAACUCCAUAAUGGGAAAUACUGUCAGUCCUUUUUUGUGUUUGAACACUUCUUUAUGACAGAGAUGUGUACUGUCACCUACAAGGCAGUGUGCUGUGCAUUGUUUUUGUUUUUUUAUGAAAUAAAAUAUGUGAAAGAUUUA